AAUCCGUUCCAGACGGGUCUGUGGAAUACUUAAACUGAAAGUACUCAAACCGAAGCGUACUUAAACUGAGGUAUGACUGUAUUGUGGACCACAACUCCCACCUGCCCCAUCCUGGCCAAUAGCCAGGAGUGAUGGGAGCUGAGGUCCAAAACAUUUGGAGAGCAUCACGCUGGCUACCCCGGUGUUAUGCCAACUGUCUGGAGAUGGGUUUCAUUCCUGAAACGUGGUGUGGACUUUAAUUCAACAUAAAUUAAUAAAUUAAAGGAGCAUAUGCUAAUGUGGAUGUAUAGAUGCAAAUUUUGAAACAGUUACCUUAAAUUGAAUACAGUACAUCACACUGGAGUGAGAAAGACUGACCUGUAUGGCUGCUCAAUCUGCUGCCCAAUGGUAACAGCUGGUGGGCAACUUCAGGAUUUCUCCUGCUCUCCUUUCUUAGGGUUCUUUCUAUCUUUAUCUUUAGACUGGGCUUGGACUGGGCAGUCCUUCACAGAUAGGGCUCUCCUCUGCAACAUGGGAAACAUUGGCCACCCAACCAUAGCUGCCAAGUCUCCCGUAUUCCCCGGGAAACCCCCGUUUUUCCAGCUGUUCCCAGCUGAAAAAAUGGAUCCCCCCCCGGUUUACUUACCGGCCGGGGGAGGCUCCUUCUGCGCAUGUCUGGAGUCUCUGGACAUGCGCAGAAACGAUUUCUAGCGCGACGGCCAUUUUGGAACUGGGCAGAGCAGCAUUAAAAUUCGCUUCUGAGCAUGCUCCGCCCAGUUCCAAAAUGGCGGCAGCGCUACUUCCGGUCUGCCGGUCCCUUAUUUUUCCGGCAGGAACUUGGCAGGUAUACACCCAAUUGACCAGAGGUCCUUUUAGUCUCACAUCCUGUUUCUGGAUGUAGCCAGCCAGAUGCAAGCAAGGUGUGUGGGUAAUAAUUCUUCUCCACUUAAUGGCUCCUUUAGCAUCUUGUGUUCAGAGGGACACUAAUGCAGCAAUGGCUUAUUAGACAGCAUGGUGUAUAUACCUUCUCUGUGUCUCACUUCCACCGAAAACCAGUGUCCUCUCUAAUCAUUCUGUGCUGACAUUAAAAAUAAAUAAAUUCCUCCCCACAUACUUUUACUAAUACUCCUUAACUCACAAAGGCACGUGAGCAUGGUUUUUUUUCUGAUUCACCUUUUGGAAAGCUGCCCGUCCUGUGGUGCUGGUUACUGUUGACUUCAUAAUCUUGUGCCUGGUGUUCUACGGAUCCCCUCUUCCCAUUCUUUCUUGCUCUUUGCAUGACUUCCCAGUGACUCAGAUGAGGGAGAAUGUGCUUUUGAGGGCUGAUUGCCCACGUAGGUGAGACAAAUCCACAAAGCAAAACAAAACCCUGGACUGUGAUACUUGGCAUGAGGGGGACAAGGCUAAUGACUCAGGAGAAGGGAAUGUGUGCCACUCUCCCGAGUCCAAUGUAACCAGCCGUUAAUUGUCGAAAGAGCUGACUAAGGCUGGAAUUACCUAUGACUGUGUCCCCGUGAAUGCAGCCUUGGGAGACGCUUGGCUGUUAGCGCUGCUUAUUAGAAUGACGCUCAAGAGAUCGCUUUAACAUACUGGCUUCUUGCCGCUCGCAACGUCCACCUUUAUUUUCCUGAACAACAAACUCUUAAGGAUUUGUGUUUCUCAGGUUCGGAGGAGAGAGAGAGAGAGAGAGAGGAGUUGGCUUGGUUCCUGAGACUCUGGCUGCUGCAUCGUUACGUGGCGGAGUGGGUAUGAGAAGUUUGCAACCGGUUCUGCAAUGAGCAAGCAAGCUCUGCAAAACAAGAUGCUACCCGAGUUUAGAAACAUGUGCGUCCUCCUGCCAAACAGAGACCAGCUCAAUGUGAUGGUUGGGGUAAAAGCCACUGGACAGGAACUCUUUGAGCAAGUUUGUGUCGCACUGGGAAUUAAAGAUCCUCACUUCUUUGGCAUCAGUGUUGUAAAAAACAAUGAGUAUGUAUUCAUUGACCUGGAGCAGAAGCUUUGCAAAUAUUUCCCAAAGGAGUGGAAGAAAGAAGCAAGCAAAGGAACAGAGAAGUUCAGCCCUCCUUUGGUUGCUUUCUUCAGAGUACAGUACUAUGUUGAAAAUGGACGGGUUAUAAGUGACAAGGUAGCACGGCAUUACUACUACUGCCAUCUCCGGGAGCAAGUGUUGAGGUCCCGGUGCACUGACAAAGAAGAAGUCUACUUCUUGCUGGCUGCUUAUGGCCUGCAGGUUGAUGUGGGGGACUUCCAGGAGAACUUCCACCGAGGGAACUACUUUGAACCUCAGACUUACUUCCCACAGUGGAUUAUUGCAAGGCGAGGGAGUGACUAUAUCCUGAAGCAUGCUCCAGAGAUGCACCGGGAGCAGCAAGGCCUAUCUACGAGGGAAGCCAUUCUCAAGUACGUCAAGGAGUCCUGCUCGCUGGAAGAUGUGCCUGUCCACUUCUACAGACUGCAGAAGGACAAGAAGGAGGAUCGCCCAACCAUCAUUUUGGGCCUGACUCUUAAAGGGAUGCACAUCUAUCAGGAGGUGAACCAUGUUCGCCAGCUGCUCUAUGACUUCCCCUGGUCACACAUUGGGAAACUAGCAUUUCUGGGGAAAAAGUUUGUAAUCCAGCCUGAUGGUUUGCCUUCAGCCCGGAAGCUAGUUUACUACACAGGGUGCCCUUUCCGGUCUCGGCAUUUGCUCCAGCUGCUCAGCAACAGCCACCGUGUGUUUCUUAACAUCCAACCCAUACUUAAGCAGAUCCAGAUGAUGGAAGAUGCAGAAGAGAAGAAACGAUAUCGGGAAUCCUACAUCAGCGACACGUUGGAGAUGGACCUUGACCCAUCCGACAAGCAUUCACACGGCAGUGGAAGCAGCAGAGGAAGUGAGAAGAACAACCGUCUGUCUCGGCAGUCGACCGACAGCCAUGGCAGCUCUCACACGUCGGGCAUUGAGGCCGACUCAAGGCAUCGGAUUUCGGUGGAGAUGUCGGUGGACGAGCCCUUUGGGAUCGAUCGGGUUCAUCGGAAGGAGAAGUCCUGCAGCUCAAACAUCAGCCGUGGAAGCUCUGGCAUUGAUAGCGGUGGCAAAGAGAGAGCCGAAGAGGACUCUCAGGAUGAUGAAGUUGAAUUGACAGUGGACGAGUCGGAAGAGGUGACUGUGGAUGAGCCUCAGUUAGAGGACGUCAUACAUGGAAAACCUGUAGAUGCGCUUGCAAAAGGUGGUGUUUGCUGCCAGGGCACGAAUCCAAACCAUCUUUCAGUAGUGCAAGUCACGUUAAUAAAGGUCAGAGACCAGAGUGUGGAAUCACUUCACCAGCUUGCACAGCCCAAAGCUAUGAAGUGCCUGGACCAGCACAGCCAUAGUCUAGAUGACAUCCGCCUUCACAAGUGUCUUCAUCCUCCACUAAGUGCCACAUUAUCUUCAGAUACCUCACACAGCUAUACGUUUGGUUGCGCCUUAGAGGAUAAGCUGGCCAGCUAUGGAUGUGUUUAUUCAACAGCCGACUGCAAAACCAAGUCUGCCCUCUAUGGGAAGAGGUCCAUGAACUGCCUGUCUCUGGAUCUCUUGGGGGAAGAUCAGCUCCCAGAGGAAUUUGUGGUGUAGACACACUGGAGAAGCUUUUGGACCCUCUUGCCAAAGGUCACCUACAAAAAAAAGAAAAAGGAAAAAAGGAGUGACUGCUGUUCUGAUGGGAAAUGGAUACUGAUUUUACCUCAUCGUGUGGGAUCCUCUCCUUAUUGUUGCCCUCUCUGGUUUGUCAUUGUUGUUUAAUCCAGCACAUCUAAUCAAACUGCAGGUUAAUAAUUAAAGCAUAGCAUUUAAAAUGCUAUGAUUCCAGACUGGAUAAUUGAGGAACGCUUCGGGAUAAUUGUUCAGGAACAAUUUUCUUACUGAAAACAAAAAAUGAAAACCAGCAGUGGGCCAAAAACUGAACAUAUUCUCAGGACCUGGAAAUAUUUGUCUCCUGUUUUCCAAACUCUGGUCCAAUUUUCACCACUUUUUUCUUCACACUGCUUCAGUAUGUAUAAUCCUUAGGGACAUUGUUUUCCUAAAAUGUGUCUCCAUCAACUGCCUGCCAUGCUGAAGCCUCUACUGCCAUUUGGCACCAUAAGGAGCAGAAUCUUGUCUUCUGUUAAAUGCAGUUUUCCUCUCCCAGACAUGCCACUUGUCAAGUAGUGGUAUUGGAAAGAGUCAGAUAUCAUAUCUGAAACAUAUCUGUGACACAUGCCCCUCCAACUGUUUCUCACAGAAAGAGAGGGGCAGCCCCAGAGGAGAGGCAAAAUCUCAAAGCACUACCUCAAAAUGUAAAUUUGCCCAACACGUUUGUAUAAAAAAAAACCCUCUUAUGCCUUCAUCUAGUAAAGGACCAUAGGAGCUUUGCUGGAUCAAGGUGAAUGUUCUUUGCCCAAACAUGUAUAUUUACUCACAUUCAUCGGACAUAUUUAUAUCACCAAUAAAUCUUUUGGAGGGUGUAAUGUCACUUCAAGGCUAUGCCUUUCCUUAUUUCUUUUGCAACCAUUUCUUGGGAACUGCCUGGUUAGCCCACUGUACAUCAUCCUUGGGGACAAGUAGCAUUGGUACAGUAUUGCUCACAGGGUGCUGAAUUGUGCCACAAAACAACAGUGUGAAAAAUGGAGGCAAGAUGUCCACACGAUUUGUGGAAAUGGCAUAGAGGUCAUUGAUCAGUAAAUUCUGUAGGGACAGGAAUUUCCCAGAAUUGUACAGGCAUGGUUGAAGUUCCCAUGCAGGUCCAUGUUCAUAUGCAGGGCACAGACACUGAGACAUAGGUCAGCUUAAACUCUGGGUGGUUUUGUAUGAAAGGAAAGAAAUAGUUGGGCCCAUUUGAUGGAGUGCCAACAAGUGCUGAGUAAUGAAGACCUUCUCAGUCAAGUGAUAAGGGGGGUGGGGUACAAUUUUGCAUGGUGUGGAAAAAGUGGAGUGUGAGACGUUCUUCUCCUUGUCUCAAUAACUAGAACCCGGCCAAUGAAGCUGGAUGUUUGGAAAUGUAGAGAAGACCCAAGGAGGCGCACACAGUUAUAUUCAACUAGGGCUGGCCACCAACUUGCAUGGCUUUAAAGGGGGAUGAGGCAGCUACUUGCCAUGAUGGCUAUGUACCUACCUCCACUGUCGGAGGCACUAUGCCUCUGACUACUGGUUUCUGGGAAUCACAAGUGGGAAGAGCUGUGCUGCAUUUAACCUGCUUGCAGGCUUCCCACAGGCAUCUGUGUUAGAACUGACUGCUGAACAAGAUGGCAAGGCUUUUCUUACAUUCUCAUGUGCUGAAGAUUUCUAGGCUCACCUUUUGCCUGCUUCAGGGUAGCAUUACAUUCUGUCAAAUGUAAGAAUCGGGGGAUGUGAUUAAGACAAUGUGCAUUAGCCUAAUGGCCUUCUGUUUGGCAAGAGCACGUUGGAUUUUCCCACCCCAUUUCUGUGGAAUGGCUUUUUCUGGACUAGCAAUUGUCAGCAAAGGAAACUAAAGGUUAAAAAAAAAGUUUCCACAAAAUUAUAGGGCUAGAAAGACUAGUGAGAUCCCAAUUUGGUGCUGUUGAUCCUUUUGCACACAUUUAAUGAUCAGGAAUAGGAAGGGCAGUGAAGAGGAGAUGGAAAGGCUGCUGCUAUAGCAGUUUCUACUCUCCUCUCAUGUAAACUCUCUCUUCAGGAGAGGUGUGAAAUCAGUUUCAGAUCCUGGACACUUCCCAGUAAGAAGUUCCCUUGCAGGAGCCUGAUGGGAAUGAAUGGAAGCUGCUCUCCUGCAGAGUUUGUGCAAGAGAAUGUCUCAGUAGAUUGUGGCCUCUGUCACCUCCUUCUGGUCUGACAUCUCCUGACCCUAGUGAGCCAAUGCCCUGCAGGCAUUUUUAGACCAGCAAUACUUAUUGUUGGUACUGUAUUGAGAAAUUAUUGCUUAAAAAGAAGAAGUUAACUUUCCAUAGUUCACAUAUGAAGAAUUGGUGCCAAUCCCUUGAAUUAGUCCAUUAGUCCAUUGCCCAUUGUUCAUAGAUUCUCUCUACUUUGUAUUUCUGUCUGUAUAAUCAUAUUUAUUUGUAGUGAGCAAAAAUGGGGGAGGGAACAGCAGACUUUCAAAUAUCUUGUCUUGAUUCCUUGAAAGAGAUGAGAUGGAAAUGAAGGAGUACCCAAAUUGUGCUCAGGGUGUGAGGACCAGUUCUCAUGGGGAGCCAGCUGCCAAAUUUAAGCUCUUUCCUAUUCCAUCGCAUCAUAGUUUAACUCCCCUCAUUAAGGCCCACUGAUUAUUUCAAAUGGGGAGAGCCCAACAUGAAACAAUAGAAUGGAAAGUGCCUAAACUGGGCAUGAUCACAGCUGGGUCCCUUCUUACCUUCCGAGGGGAUUGCACCCCCCUUUUUUUCUUCCAUCUGCUGAAAAGGUAACAUGAGAACCAUUCCCCCUGUCUUGAAACCUCUUCAGCCACUAUGAUGGCUGUGCAGCCCCCUUUUGGUUCAUGUAAACUUAUGAGUUCUGAUAUAUAUGUAUUGAUUUUAAUCUUGAGGUUCUGUUUCAUGUUUAGCUUAGCUGCGGUAUGCGAUUAAAGAAAAGGGCCUUUUAAUCUGCUGAAGAUAUGGAAACCAGCUGUCAAUAUUUGUUCAGCUGUAAGUUACUUGUUGCAGCCUCUCUGGUUUUUAAUGGUCAAUGUUCCUCCUUUCCAUGAAAGGAAAACUUUUGUAUUUUUUUGGGGGGGACUUGCACACAGAUGGAUCCAACUAACUCCCACUCGUAUAUAUACACACAUAUAAUAAAAGCUUGCUAGAAAAGCAA